AGGUCGCGCGGAACUUCAACAAGAAUGGAUCGAUAUGAAAAGUUGGCUCGCAUAGGAGAGGGCUCAUAUGGGGUGGUUUAUAAAUGUCGAGACCGUGAAACAGGAAGCUUAGUUGCCGUGAAGAGAUUCGUAGAAUCGGAAGAUGAUCCCGCAAUUAGAAAAAUCGCCUUACGUGAAAUUCGCUUACUAAAGAAUUUAAAACAUCCCAACCUUGUGUGCCUUCUUGAAGUAUUUAGACGCAAAAGACGAUUACAUUUGGUAUUUGAAUUUUGUGAGCAUACAGUACUGCAUGAAUUAGAACGAAAUCCUCAGGGUUGUCCAGAUAAUUUGACUGCUCAAAUCACAUAUCAAACAUUAAUGGGAGUUAGCUAUUGUCAUAAGCAAGGAUGUCUACAUCGUGAUAUUAAGCCUGAAAAUAUUUUAUUAACUGCACAAGGUCAGGUUAAAUUAUGCGACUUUGGAUUUGCGAGAAUGUUAAGCCCUGGAGAGAACUACACAGACUAUGUAGCAACGAGAUGGUAUCGUGCUCCUGAACUCUUGGUUGGUGAUACAAAUUAUGGAACGCCUGUUGAUGUUUGGGCUAUUGGUUGUGUUUUUGCUGAGCUGAUUCGAGGUGAUGCUCUUUGGGCUGGACGUUCGGAUGUUGAUCAGUUGUAUUUGAUAAGAAGGACUCUCGGUGAUCUUUUGCCAAAGCAUCUACAAAUCUUUAGUCAAAAUGAGUUCUUUAGAGGAAUCUCCUUGCCAGUGCCGCCCACACUUGAGCCAUUAGAGACAAAAAUGCCUCAAAGGACGCUUCAAAAUCCAUAUGCGAUUGACUUUUUAAAGAAAUGCUUAGAUAAAGAUCCAAAUAAAAGGUGGUCAUGCGAUCGAUUAAUUCAACAUCCGUAUUUUGAGGAUUAUAUUGUAAAGACAAAGGAUCAUGAACAGAGCUCUGCAAGCUUACCAGACAGCAGUCGGCAGCGUGAAAAAUCAAAAAUUUCACAGACAUCACUGCCGACGCUAGUGCAGCAAGAAAGCACAUUUAAAAAUCAGAAAAGUACAUAUUCACGAGCUGACUUCAAUCAUUUACCGACGAUUUGA